AUGCGGCACCGCUCCCGCCUGCCGGGCCCCCGGCAGCCUCUCCCUGCCCAGCCGGCCUGCGGGUGCUCCCCGCGGGUGCAGAGAGUCCUGUGGAAGGCCUGCAGCGAGAGGAUGGAGAGCAAGCCAGCAGUGAAUGGCCACGCUGUUCCCAGCUUCCCCGGGGGAGACAUGCCAGGGAAAACCCACUUGUGCCAGGAGGCGAUGCCGUGCAAACAGCCGAGAGCAGCUGGCAGGGACGCGGCGGGGCCGGAUGCUCCCGGGGAGCCCUCGGAGGCGGCGUGCAGCAUUGCUGGCGUGUAUGUAGAGGCUUCAAAGAAGAUAAUGAGCUUUUAUGAGGCCACCAGAGAGCAUCUCCUGAGCCUGGAUCCGGCCCUCAGCCUCCUCGAGGCCCAGGCAGCCACCGGCUCCAUCGCCGACCCGGUGACGCACCGGCGCGUCUCGGUGGCAGAAGCCGUGCGACUGGGGCUGGUGGGGCUGGAGCUAAAGGAGAGGCUGCUUGCAGCAGAGAGGGCUGCCACUGGCUUCCUGGACCCCUACACAGAAGAGAAGAUCCCCCUGUACCAGGCAAUGCAGAAGGAGCUGGUGGGAAGGGAGCAAGGCACCCGACUGCUCCAGGCCCAGAUGGCAACCGGAGGCGUCAUCGACCCGGCCACCGGGGCUCGACUGCCGGUGGAUGCAGCCUGUGAGAGGGGAUAUUUGGAUGAAGAGAUGAGCCAGCACCUCUCUGACCCCAGCCACGAGGACAGCAGAGCAUUCCUCGAUCCCAGUACUACAGAGAAGGUCACCUAUUGGGAGCUAAGGAAGAGAUGUGUUGUGGAUCCCGCCUCGGGCUUCCUCCUCCUGCCCCUGCAAGUCACAUUCCCAGGGCUGGGUGGGAGGGUGAGCAGCAGGGACCUGCUGGACUCUGGCAUCAUCAGCCACGACGUGUUCCGAGGCCUCGAGGAGGGAAGAGUCCCUGCGCAGGAGUUGGCAGAGAAUGAUGUUGUCCAGCAGUUCCUGCGUGGGACGAGGAGUGUGGCUGGGGUUGUCCUGCCUUCUGGGGAGCAGAGGAGCCUUUACCAGGCCCUGAGAGAGCAUCUCCUCGUGCCUGGUGCUGCUCUGAUGCUCCUGCAAGUCCAGGCCUCCACUGGCAGCCUGAUAGACCCCCUGAAGAACAAAACUUACUCAGUGGAUGAGGCUGUCAGGGUUGGUUUUAUCGGCCCAGAGCUUCAUGAGAAACUGUCUUCAGCUGAGAAAACCAUCACUGGAUACAGAGACCCCUCCACUGGGGAAAUGCUCUCUCUGUUCCAAGCCAUCAGGAAGGGAUUUGUCCCCAGGAACCAUGGCCUCUGUCUUCUGGAGGCUCAGAUGGCCACGGGGGGUGUGAUUGCUCCAGGCAGACACCUCCGUGUCCCCACAGAGACAGCCUGCGAGUGGGGGUACCUGGACGAGGCCACCAGACAGCUCCUCUCCAGCCCUCCUGACCACAUGAAAGGGUUCUUUGACCCCAGCUCCAAAGAAAAGCUGAGUUAUUCGGAGCUGCUGCGGUGCUGCGUCACCGAUCCUGGCACGGGGCUCCUGCUGCUGCCACUUGGUGGGGACGGCAGUGAAGGAUCCCAGGGAACCCCUCUCUUCUUUGACCACAGGGCCCAAAUGGCUCUGGAAAACACACAGGUGCCCAUUUCUGUAGGGAAGUUCAAGGGCAAGUCGGUGUCUCUCUGGAAACUCCUCUUCUCUGACUACAUCCAGGGUGAGCGAAGAGCUGCUCUUGCCCAGCAGUUCCUGUCAGGAACACUCUCCACGCAAGGACUGGGUGAGUCCCUCAGAGCUGCUGUUGAGGAAAUGGCUGCCACUGCCAACGUCACCUUCGAGGGCCUGAGGGACCAGGUGACAGCUGACCAGCUCCUGAGCUCAGAAAUUAUCAACAAAGACUUGUUUAAGAAACUCAAGGAAGGUGAAACGUCAGCCAAGGAAGUUGUUGGCAUGGACACCGUCAGGAAGUACCUGCAGGGCACAGGAAGCAUCGGGGGGCUGCUGCUCCCCGACUCCCAGGAGAAGAUCAGCAUCUACCAGGCAAAGCGGAAAGGACUUCUAAGGCCAGGAACAUCUCUGAUCCUCCUGGAGGCACAGGCUGCCACGGGGUUUGUCAUUGACCCCACUGCCAACAAGAGGUAUUCCGUGGACGAGGCCUUGCGAGCGAACGUCAUUGGCCCCGACGUUUACGACAAGCUGCUGGCUGCGGAGAAAUCGGUCACUGGCUACAGAGACCCCUACUCGGGGAGCAAGAUCUCCCUCUUCCAGGCCAUGCAGAAGGAGUUGAUUGUCAAGGAGCACGGCAUCCGCCUGCUGGAGGCCCAGAUCGCCACCGGCGGCAUCAUCGACCCCGUGCACAGCCACCGCAUCCCCGUGGAGGUGGCCUACAAACGCGGCUACUUCGACAAGAAGAUGAAUUUAAUCCUUUCCGACCCCAGUGAUGACACCAAGGGCUUCUUCGACCCCAACACCCACGAGAACCUGACCUACCUGCAGCUGAAGGAGAAGUGCAUCACCGAGCCCUCCACCGGGCUCUGCCUCCUCCCUCUGAACAGCAGGAAGCGGCAGUUCAUCGACGAGGCCACCAGGCAGGUGUUCAGGAGCUCCUGGCUGCCCGUCAGGUUUGGGCGCUUACGGGGUGAGAAGGUCUCUGUGUGGGACCUGCUGAACUCUGAGUACUUCAGCGAGGGGAGGCGCCGGGAGAUUUUCAACCACUUCCAGCUGAGGAAGCUCAGCCUGGAGCAAAUCCGGCUCAUGCUGGAGGAGGAAAUGAAGAAAUGGGCCCCCAUCAAGUUCCCAGCCAUGCGAGGCAGCGUCAGUGCUUACCACCUGAUGGAAACGGGCGUCAUUGACAGGGCCCUGUUUGAGAAGGUGCUGGAGGGAUCCGUCACGCCAGAGCAAGUCCUGCACAUGGACUCUGUCAGGAAGUACCUCUAUGGCUCGGGCAGCAUUGGGGGGAUUGUCCUCCAGCCAUCAAACCAGAGGAUGAGCAUUUAUGAGGCCAUGAAGCAGAACAUUGUGGUGCCAGGAGUAGCUCUGCCCCUGCUAGAGGCCCAGGCUGCCACGGGCUUCAUCAUCGACCCCGUGAACAAUCAGAAGCUCCGUGUGGACGAGGCUGUCAGGGAGGGAGUCAUCGGCCCAGACGUCCACGAGAAGCUGCAGCACGCAGAAGGGGCCGUGACAGGCUAUAAAGACCCUUUCACAGGCAAGAAGAUCCCCCUCUUCCAGGCAAUGAAGAAGGGCCUGAUCGAGGACAAACGGGCCAUGCAGCUCAUGGAGGUGCAGAUGGCCACAGGAGGCAUCAUCGACCCGGCGUGUGGCCACUACAUCCCCCUGGAGUCAGCCCAGCAGCGAGGGUGCCUGGAUGAGGACACGAGCAAGGCCCUUUCCCAGCCCAGUGAUGAGCACAGAGCCUUCUGCCUCCCGGACAGCAAAGAGUCCGUGACCUACGCUGAGCUAAUCCAGCGCUGCCAGAAGGACGACGUCUCUGGCUUCCACUUGCUGCCUCUGCCCCAGGCUGCUGCUCCUGCCUACACCGACGAGCAAAUCCAACGGAUUUUCAAGGAAACCGUGGUGAAGGAAAAAGGGGUUUCCCUCUGGGAGCUCAUCCACUCAGGCUAUUUCACUGAGGAGCAGAGGAGUGACUUCGUGGAGAGGUUCCGCUCUGAGGAGCUGUCGCUGCAGCAGCUGGUCGCUCUUGUGCUCAGGCUCGUGGGGGACAUGGAGAUGAAAGCCAGGACCCAGAUCUCCCUGGAGGGCCUGCGGGGCAGUGUCCCCGUGGUCUGGCUGCUGGACACGGGCAUAAUUUCUGAGAAGACCUUCGAGGAACUGGCUCAGGGCAUAAGAACUCCUGAGGAAGUGGCUGAGAUGGAGAGCGUGAAGAGGUACUUGCAGGGCACAGGCAGCAUCGCCGGCGUCUUCAUAGAGGCAUCCAAACAGAAAAUGAGCUUCUAUGAUGCCAUGAAAAACAAUCUCCUCCUCCCUGGGGCUGCUCUGAGGCUGCUCGAGGCUCAGGCAGCCACAGGAUACCUGACUGACCCCGCAACAAACCGGAGGCUCAGCGUGAGGGAUGCUGUGAGAGCGGCUGUUGUGGGCGAAGAGCUCACCGAGAAACUCCUUCUCGCUGAGAGGGCCGUGACGGGGUACACGGAUCCCUACACAGGGAGCUCCAUCUCCCUGUGCCAAGCGCUCAGGAAGGAGCUGAUCCCCCUGGGAGAGGCUGUUCCCUUGCUAGAGGCCCAGCUGGCCACGGGAGGGGUCAUUGAUCCCAUCCACCACCUCCACCUGCCGCUGCAGGCUGCGUGCAGGUACGGCUUCUACAACGAGGACAUGAACCACGCCCUGUCUCAGCUGAAUGACAGCACCAAGGUCUUUUUCGAUCCCAACACCAAGGAGAACGUGACCUAUGAGCAGCUGAAGCAGCGGUGCAUUCGCGAGCCUGAGUCGGGGCUGUGGCUCCUCCCUCUGUCAGAAGAUGCCAUGUUCUGUGUGGAUGAACAGACCAUGGAAGUGCUGAAAUCUGUGACUGUUUGUGUCAACGUGGGGCGGUUCAAGGGACAGACGGUGUCUGUCUGGGACCUCCUCAACUCUGAAUACUUCUCAGACAGCAAGAGAAGAGAACUGGUGCAAAAAUACAAAGAUGAGAAGGCUGAAGUGCUCCAGGAAAUCACAACAAUUAUCACCACAAUCAUCCAAGAGACUGAGGCACAAGGCAAGAAGUUUGCAUUCCAGGGCCUGCGGAAAAGAGUAUCUGCCAGUGACCUCUUCCAGUCCCAACUCAUAGAUAAAAAGACCCUUGAUGAGCUCAACCAGGGGAAGAAAACAGUCAAAGAAGUCACUGAAAUGGAGUCUGUCCGCAGGUACCUGGAGGGCAGCAAUUUCAUAGCAGGGGUCCUUAUACAGCCAAGCAAUGAGAAGAUGAGCAUCUACCAGGCCAUGUGGAAAGGCAUCCUGAGGCCAGGGACUGCCCUGGUGCUGCUGGAGGCGCAGGCAGCCACUGGCUACAUCAUCGACCCUGAGAAAAACCAGAAGUUUUCCGUGGAGGAAGCGCUAAAGGAAGGUCUGAUCGGAGGGGAGAUUUUUGAAAAGCUGCUCUGUGCAGAGAGAGCCGUGACGGGCUACACCGACCCCUACACGAAAGCCCCAAUGUCCCUGUUCGAAGCCAUGAAGCAGGGGCUGAUUGUGAAGAGCCACGGCAUCCGCCUGCUGGAGGCCCAGAUCGCCACCGGCGGCAUCAUCGACCCCGUGCACAGCCACCGCCUGCCCGUGGAGGUGGCCUACAAACGCGGCUACUUCGACCAGGAGAUGAGCCAGAUCCUGUCUGACCCCAGCGACGACACCAAGGGCUUCUUCGACCCCAACACCCACGAGAACCUGACCUACAUGCAACUACUGGAGAGAUGUGUCCAAGACCCCGAGACGGGGCUGUAUAUGCUGCAAGUCGUAAAGGAAGGAGGGAAGUACUUCUACAUCGAUGAGUCCACCAAACAGGCUUUGCGCUCAAAGCCCCUCCAAGUGAAAGUUGGCAAGUUUAAGGAUCAGACAGUUUCCGUCUGGGAAGUGCUCUGCUCUCACUACAUCUCGGAGCAGAAGAGGAAAGAGCUGGUGAUGCAGUACAAAAGCAAAACCCUGACACUGGAAGAUCUGAUAUCCCUCAUCUUAAAAAUCAUCGAGGACACAGAGCAAAGAGCAGAAGCCCUGAAGGUCAAAGGACUGCGGGGGGAGGUGUCAGUGUCAGAACUGUUCAGCUCUGAGAUAAUUGACAAGAAAACCCUGGAUCAGCUGCACGAUGGGAGUUUAACACUUGCCACCCUCACAAAGAGGGACGCCAUCCAAAGGUACCUGGAUGGCACUGGGAGCAUCGCCGGGGUUCUUCUCCCAUCGAGGAAGGAGAAGAUGAGCAUCUACCAGGCACUGAAGAGGGGCCUCCUCACAGAGCAGUGUGCGCUGGGGCUGCUGGAGGCGCAGGCGGCCACCGGCUUCCUCAUCGACCCCCUGAACAACCAGAAGCUGUCGGUGGACGAGGCUGUGUCAUCUGGGCUGGUGGGCAGUGAACUGCACGAGCAACUGCUGCUGGCAGAGAAAGCAGUGACGGGAUACACCGAUCAAACAGGAGCUAAAAUAUCCCUCUUCCAGGCUGUCUCAGCAGGAGACUUCCAGGGCAGGAAGGUGUCCCUGUGGGAGCUCCUCUUCUCCAGGUACGUGGCCGAGGCCAAGCGGCAGGAGCUGCUGGGGCAGGUGCGGGCCGGGAGUCUGGCGCUGGCCAAGCUGGCCACGCUCCUCAGCCGGCUGGUGGAGGAGGCGGCGCAGCGCAGCAGCAGCGUGAAAUUCACGGGCCUGCGGAGGCAGGUGACGGCAUCAGACCUGCUGGACUCGGGCAUCAUCGACAGGGACACGCUGGAUGAGCUGGUGCAGGGCUCAAAGACGGUGCAGGAGGUGACGGAAAUGGCCUCCGUCAAGCGCUACCUGGACGGCACGGGCGUCAUCGCCGGCGUGCUGGUGCCCUCCAAGGCCGACCCCACCAAGGUGGAGAAGAUGAGCAUCUACCAGGCCAUGUGGAAGGGCAUCCUGAGGCAGGGCACGGCCCUGGUGCUGCUGGAAGCGCAGGCCGCCACAGGAUUCAUGGUCGACCCCGUCACGAACCAGAAGCUGUCGGUGGAUGAGGCCGUGGCGUCCGGGCUGGUGGGUGUUGAACUGCAGGAGAAGCUGCUGUCGGCCGAGAGGGCCGUGACAGGCUACUCUGACCCCUACACAGGCGACAAGAUCUCCCUCUUCCAGGCCAUGCAGAAGGAUCUGAUUGUGAGGGACCAUGGCAUCCGCCUGCUGGAGGCCCAGAUCGCCACCGGCGGCAUCAUCGACCCCGUGCACAGCCACCGCCUGCCCGUGGAGGUGGCCUACAAACGCGGCUACUUCGACCAGGAGAUGAGCCAGAUCCUGUCUGACCCCAGCGACGACACCAAGGGCUUCUUCGACCCCAACACCCACGAGAACCUGACCUACGUGCAGCUGCUGCGCCGCUGCGUCCCCGACCCCGACACGGGGCUGCUCAUGCUGCAGCUGAUGGACAAGGGCUCCGUGCUCUACCAGCUGACCGAGGAUGCCCGCAAAGCCCUGCAGGCCGCCCACACCACCCUCAGCGUGGGGCUCUUCCAGGGCCAGAGCGUCACCGUCUGGGAGCUCCUCUUCUCCCGCUACGUCCCCGACCACCGGCGCCAGGAGCUGCUGCGCAGGUACAAGUCGGGCACGGUCACCCUGGCCGAGAUGAUCGACAUCCUCACCUCCAUCGUCACCAGGGCCGAGGCCCAGGGCCUUGGUGAUGACCUGGCCCCUAAGACCACACAGCAGGAUGCCCCACCAAAGCCAGGCCAGAAUGGUGAGGUCACAGGAUCCCAACGGGACCAGGACCAAAAGCAGAAGCAGGAGGCCCACACUGUAGAGGUCUCAGCAGGAGACUUGCAGGGCAGGAAGGUGUCCCUGUGGGAGCUCCUCUUCUCCAGGUACGUGGCCGAGGCCAAGCGGCAGGAGCUGCUGGGGCAGGUGCGGGCCGGGAGUCUGGCGCUGGCCAAGCUGGCCACGCUCCUCAGCCGGCUGGUGGAGGAGGCGGCGCAGCGCAGCAGCAGCGUGAAAUUCACGGGCCUGCGGAGGCAGGUGACCGCAUCAGACCUGCUGGACUCGGGCAUCAUCGACAGGGACACGCUGGACGAGCUGGUGCAGGGCUCAAAGACGGUGCAGGAGGUGACGGAAAUGGCCUCCGUCAAGCGCUACCUGGACGGCACGGGCGUCAUCGCCGGCGUGCUGGUGCCCUCCAAGGCCGACCCCACCAAGAUGGAGAAGAUGAGCAUCUACCAGGCCAUGUGGAAGGGCAUCCUGAGGCAGGGCACGGCCCUGGUGCUGCUGGAAGCGCAGGCCGCCACUGGCUUCAUCAUUGACCCAGUCAACAACCAGAAGCUGUCGGUGGAUGAGGCCGUGUCGUCCGGGCUGGUGGGUGUUGAACUGCAGGAGAAGCUGCUGUCGGCCGAGAGGGCCGUGACGGGCUACUCCGACCCCUACACGGGCGACAAGAUCUCCCUCUUCCAGGCCAUGCAGAAGGAGCUGAUUGUGAGGGACCACGGCAUCCGCCUGCUGGAGGCCCAGAUCGCCACCGGCGGCAUCAUCGACCCCGUGCACAGCCACCGCCUGCCCGUGGAGGUGGCCUACAAACGCGGCUACUUCGACCAGGAGAUGAGCCAGAUCCUGUCUGACCCCAGCGACGACACCAAGGGCUUCUUUGACCCCAACACCCACGAGAACCUGACCUACGUGCAGCUGCUGCGCCGCUGCGUCCCUGACCCCGACACAGGGCUUUAUUUCCUUAAAAUUCUUAGAUAAUACUUGUAAAACCUUUUGAUAUUUUUGUUUG